UAGUAUAGCUGUGCAUCAGGAAAGGACUGAGGCAGGCUGUGCUAUAGUGUUAUACUUAUAGUCGCGGUGCUCGAGCUGAACGCAAUUCCAGAGCUCAAUCGCGGGAAAGUUCGGGGGUGCACACAGUCAGCAUCGGCUUGGCGAAGCUAUCAACUCUUUGAUAUUUCAGAUCCAAGACUAGGUUCGACCUUUCCUUGCACAUUUUUACAAGACGAGCCCUUGGCUUGGUGAUUUGUUGGUUUGUUGGUGUCUAUCUUUCACCAUGUCAGAUAGUGAGAACAGCAUUUUCUCUGAGGAGGAGGAGGGGGACGACAGCUUUCAGAAAGACAGUGAUGCAGAGGAGGGUAGUCCAGCAGGAAGUGCUGAUGAAGCUGAGGAGGGUGAAGAGGCCGAUGAUGGUGACGAGGAACCGGAGGAUGGGGAGGACUUGAUGAGCGAACCACGCAGUGAGGAUGACGAAGAAGAGGAGGAAGAUGAUGAAGAGGUUGAUCGCAGGAAGAAACCAAAGAAGAGGAAGGUUGAGAGCUUUAUCAUUGAUGAGGCGGACGUCGAUGAUGACUAUGGGGAGGAUGACGAGGAAGAUGAAUGGGAGGCUGGAGCCGAAGCUCUGAUCAACAAUGCUCCAACAGAUUACAAUGACAGCGAUCAGCAUGGCGCUAGGCGGCUUACUCAGUUAUUCAGCACCCAGAAAGAAGACGAGUUAGAGGAGUAUUACAAGAGAAAGUAUGCUGAGGGUACGAGUACAUCAUACAGAGAUGAAGAUGAGCUACCCGACUCUAUUACACAGCAAGGACUCCUCCCUGGUGUGAAAGACCCCAAUCUAUGGAUGGUCAAAUGCACGAUUGGUCAGGAGAAAGAGGUCGCAAUCCAACUCAUGAGGAAGUUCAUUGCGUACCAGAAUACGGAGGAGCCUCUUCAAAUCAAGUCCAUCGUGGCCGUUGAGGGGUUAAAGGGCUACGUCUACAUCGAGUCUUACAAGCAGACUCAUGUGAAGCAAGCCAUCAACGGCGUGGGGAUGCUGAGGAUCGGUCAGUGGACACAGAAGAUGGUCCCCAUCAAGGAGAUGACCGAUGUCCUCAAAGUGGUCAAGGAGACGGCCAUGCUCAAGGGCAAAGCAUGGGUCAGGCUCAAGCGAGGAGUCUACAAAGACGACUUGGGCCAAGUAGACUACGUGGACCAGACCCAGAACCAGGUCAUCCUCAAGCUCCUCCCCCGCAUCGAUUACAACCGCCCUCGCGGAAUCCAACGCACCGCCGCAACCGCGGCCGAGAAGCGGAAGCGACGACGCCCGGAGCAGAAGCUAUUCGACAUAGAGGCUAUUCGUAGGAUCGGCGGUGAUGUGACGUCCGAUGGUGAUUUCUUGGUGUUUGAAGGGAACCGAUACAGCAGGAAGGGCUUCCUCUUCAAGACCUUUGCUAUGAGUGCUAUCAUCGCUGAAGGCAUCAAACCGACACUAUCAGAGCUGGAAAGGUUUGAGGACAAACCAGAAGACAUCGAUGUAGAAUUGGUAGCGAGGAGCAAGUCCUCCAAGGAGAAGAGCCACAGCUUUGCUCCGGGAGACAACGUGGAGGUGGUGGAAGGUGAAUUGAUCCAUCUCCAGGGCAAAGUCAAGAGUGUCGACGGCAACACCAUCUUGGUCCUGCCCAAACACGAAGACCUCAAGGAUACCUUAGAGUUUCCAGCGCACGAGCUGAGGAAGCAUUUCAAGAUUGGAGAUCACGUGAAGGUCAUUGCUGGUCGCUAUGAGGGAGACACCGGCCUGGUGGUUAGGGUGGAGGAUAACCUAGCUAUUGUCUUCUCAGAUCUCACCAUGCACGAGAUGAAAGUAUUACCUCGGGAUCUGCAGCUAUGCCAGGAGAUGAGCACAGGAGUGGAUUCUCUGGGACAGUUCCAAUUGGGUGACUUGGUUCAGCUCGAUCCGCAGACGGUCGGAUCAAUUGUAAGGUUGGAAAAAGAAACCUUUCAAGUCCUCAACAUGCAUAACAAGCUUGUGCAAGUGAAACCGCAGGCUGUGACUCGCAAGAAAGACUCGAGACACGCCGUGGCAUUGGACGCAGAGCAGAACAACCUGCAGGUCAAGGACAUCGUCAAGGUCAUUGAUGGCCCUCAUUCGGGCAGAGAAGGAGAAGUGAAACACAUCUACAGGAAUUAUGCCUUCUUGCAUUCUCGUCUUAUGACUGAGAAUGGAGGAGUGUUUGUGGUGCGCAAUAGGCACAUCGUACUGGCCGGUGGAUCAAGGAAAACGGACGGUUACUCAACUGGUUUUACCCCAAUGAGCCCACGUAUCACAAGCCCCAUGCAUCCCAGUGGCGGUGGUCAGCAGCAAGGACCUGGAGCCGGUGGUCCUGGUGGUGGUGGGCGUGGUAGGGGGCGUGUCGGUAGAGAUAGGGAGCUGAUUGGUCAAACGGUGCGCAUCACGAAGGGACCCUUCAAAGGUCAUAUCGGUAUCGUGAAGGACGCCACCGAGUCGACGGCCCGUAUUGAGCUCCACUCCACCUGUAAGACCAUCAAUGUCGACAGGGGCAGAAUGAACAUUGUUAGUGACCAGGUCCGUAGCGGAAUGACAACAGCCUACAGCAGAAACACACCAAUGUAUGGCUCUCAGACUCCUAUGUACGGCAGUGGUUCUAGAACUCCUAUGUACGGCUCGCAAACACCACUUCAUGAUGGAGGUGGAACCCCUCACUAUGGCUCGAUGACCCCGUCACGUGACGGCAGUAUGACCCCCUCGAGGUCAGGAGCAUGGGAUCCGACGGCUCCAAGUACACCGAUGAGCUUUGAUGAGUCGUCUCCCUCACCCCAGCCCUACGGCUCCACGACCCCCGGCACUCCAGGGUACUCUGGAGAGCCCCAGUCGCCAGGCCAGGGACCUUACACCCCCGCCACGCCCAACAGCUCCUCUGGGAUGUACGGGAGCGAGUCUACGUACUCUCCUUAUGGGGGGCAGACGCAGUCACCGUCACCGGGCAGUUACCAACCCACGCCCAGUCCAUCAAGCAGCUUCCAGCCUGCCCCGAGCCCCGGCUCCUACCAGGCCACCCCGUCCCCAUCAGGCACCUACCACACCCCUUCACCCGGUAGCUACCAGGGCAAUCCCAGCCCCCUGGGAUACUCUGCCAACACGCCCAUGGCUCCUUCCCCCCUGGGCUACAACCCCCAGACACCGGGGGGUGACAUCAUGCACCCCGCCCAGAGUGACUGGCAUACUCAAGACAUCAUGGUGAGGAUCAAGGACUCCCAUGACGACCCGUCGCUCAUCUUCAAGGAGGGCGUCAUCAGAAGUGUCCAGGGUCCCCUGUGUUCUGUGUAUCUUCCCGAUGGCGAGGAUAGAGUAGUCACAGUGAAAGCUCUUCAUCUGGAACCAGUCAUGCCAAGCAAAACAGACAGAGUGAAGGUGAUAAUGGGUGAUGACCGUGAGAGCACCGGUACCCUGAUCAACAUCGACGCUGAAGAUGGCAUCGUCAAGAUGGAUCUCGGAGCGGCAGAUAUCAAGAUCCUGCAGCUCAAGAUGCUUGCUAAGCUCUAUAAAUAAGCAUGCUGACUCUAUCCUUCAGUUAAUUUCAAUAAAGGCACAAUUAAAGAUAAAGUUGAGUUCUGGGGGCGUUUCACAAAAGU